AUGAAUGAAAAUUUUUUAAAUGAGUGGAAAAAUCAUUUAGAAUUUGCGCAUUCAGCUCAACACAAUCAGUUUACAUCCCCAACUAGAUUAUAUGGAAUUACGCAGGAUCCUGAAUCAUUAGAUUAUAUGAUUGUAUUAAAGAUGAUGAAGCUUGGAAGUUUGAGAUCCAAUUUGAUGAUAAAGAAAUAUAAUCCAAAUGAUAAAUAUUAUAAUUUAUAUUAUGUAGCAAGGGCACUUUUAGCUUUGCAUAAAUGCAAUUUAUUUCAUGGUGAUUUCCAUAGUGGGAAUUUAUUAUUAUCCGGUCGAGUAUUCACUUAUAUAAGUGAUUUGGGAUUAAGUAGACCAAUAGAUAAACCUAAUGAAUCAGAUGAGAUAUAUGGUGUGCUUCCUUAUAUAGCGCCGGAAGUAUUGUUGAAAAAUCCGUAUACACAAGCCGCUGAUAUUUAUUCAUUUGGUAUUAUAAUGUGGGAGAUGACCUCUGGUAAUCCUGCUUAUAAUGAUAGACCUCACGAUUAUAUUCUUGCUUUAGAAAUUUGUAACGGAUUAAGACCAACGAUUGUUGAAGGUACUAUGCCCAAAUAUAUAGAAUUGAUGGAAAGAUGUUGGAAUUCCGAUCCCAGUCAAAGGCCAACCGCUGAAGAAUUGGUAAUACAUUUUAAGGAAUGGAGGGGUAGAUACUUGAUCGGUGAGAGUGUUCAAGUACCAGAACAUGAAUAUGUUAUUGAAAAUCAUCCAUUAUCUUGCUACACGAGCAAGAAAAUCAAUUAUUCUGCAAGGUUGGUUGAAAGCUUAAAUCGAACAGAAUUAAGUUCUGAGAUUAUAAUUAAAGAUGAAACAAUGAUAAGUGAAAGCUUAGGUGGUGGAAAAGAAAUAUCAAUGUCAGCCUCGUGUCCUGAUACUGAAAUUUAUUUUCUUCUUGUAAAUCAAACCAUAGAAGAAUUAUGGAAUAACAUUGAAGGUUAUUUGAAGGUAUCACGUCAAUUAGAAAUGAUUGAUAAAGAAACCCAAAGAGCAAUUACUUAA